AUGUCCAGUUUACUUUACCUGGGAGUACUUACGCUCGCCAUGGUCGCCAGUGACAUGAUUGACGACUGUUUGAAUUCAAACCGUUCUUACUACAUGAAUAUUGUACUGCUGGAGGACAACACUUAUGAAUGGAGCAUGCCGCUUGUGAAGGCGGCCGUGGAAGAAGCUAUUCUAGCUGACAAGCAGGAGAACGAUAAGUAUGGUUUAGACUUCACUUUGACUGCUAACUUCAAUGGGUUCAACACCAACUUGUACAAGCGGCAGGGCUGCGGGAGCAGCACGUGCGAGGGGUUGACAAUACUCAAGAAACUAAAUGCUAAUGGUGAAGUUGGAUGUGUCAUGCUGGGCCCUUCCUGCACAUAUGCCACCUAUCAGUUAGUAGAUGAAAACAUUGGUCUGCGUUUAACCAUUCCCAUCAUCUCUGCUGGGAGUUUUGGCCUCUCUUGUGACUACAAGCCUAAACUGACCCGAAUUCUGCCUCCAGCACGAAAGAUCUGUGACUUUUUCCUUAACUUUAUGAAUGAAACUCUGCCAUUCAAGGAGGAGCCAUGGAGCCUAUUCUACGUCUAUAAGAAGACCAACAAUGUAUCUGAGGACUGCUUCUGGUAUAUCAACGCGCUGACGGCAGCCACUAACAAGUUUAUGCUGGGCACAAACACAGAGACAAUUCAUGGAGAGGAGGGCCUGAAAAAAAUGUUCCAGUCUCCGAAAAGACACAGCAACAUUUUAAUCUUAUGUGGGAACACUGAUGAGGUAGUUUCAAUAAAGGAGAUGGUGGGCCAGAUUCCCAAAGACUUCCUGUUUAUUCUCAUAGAUGUGUACAACCCUGAUUAUUAUUUAAGCACCACAUCUUCUGCGGGUAUGGAAAGUGUCUUAGUGGUCACUCUGCCGCAGAGAAACUACACCACUGGCUCUUCAUUCAAUGAAACGAUAAACGAUUAUGUGGCUGGAUAUCAUGAUGGGACUCUGCUGUUUGGUAAAGUGCUCAGAGAGAGGAUGCUCAGCAUACAAAACAACAACGGGACCUAUAAUGGCUCUCUGGGUGACAACCCAUUUGGAAACAUCUUAUUUUAUGGUAUGGGAGGACACUAUGUGCUUGAUGAAUAUGGGGACAGAGAUGUUAACUUCUCAGUCAUUUACACAUCAGCUAACACUGCCAAGUAUAAAACUCUGCUAUUGUUUGAUACAUCACAAAAUAAAACCAUCAAUUACACCCAAAACCCCACUCUGCCGUGGGCAGGAAACAAGCUGCCUCCCGACAAGCCAAAAACUCCGGAUGAGUUUGACAUGCAGAAAAUCAUUGUGAUUGUUCUGAGUCUCAGCGUUGUGGUGGUGACGGGAGUCGCUCUUAUCUUCUACAGGCAGAACAGGAAAGAACGCUCUCUACAGAAGAAAUGGUCUCACAUCGAACCUCACCUGAUUGGCCCUCUGGAUGAGAAGGAAGUGUCUCUGAAGAUUGAUGAAGAUAAGAGGAAGGACAGUACAUACUUCAGGCAGCGAGGCCGCUACGACAAGAAGCCGGUAAUCUUGAAAGAGCUGAAAACCACAGAGGGAGACUUCACCGAGGACCAGAGGAUUGAGCUCAACACUCUGCUGCGCAUUGACUACUACAAUCUGACCAAAUUUUAUGGCACAGUGAAGUUUGAAUAUGGUGUGUACGGUGUGUUUGAGCUGUGUCAGAGAGGCUCCCUCAGGUACAUUCUCAGUGACAGGAUCUCUUACCCAGAUGAAACAUUCAUGGACAUGGAGUUUAAAAUAUCAGUCAUGUAUGACAUAGCAAAGGGCAUGUCAUAUCUCCACUCCAGUAAUAUUGCAGUCCACGGCCGCCUCAAGUCCUCCAACUGUGUUGUCGACAACCGCAUGGUGGUCAAGAUCACUGACUUUGGCUGCAACACCAUGCUAAAACCAGGAAAAGAUUUGUGGAUCGCCCCGGAGCAUCUUCGUAAAGGCGGGGUGUCUCAAAAAGGCGAUGUCUACAGCUACGCCAUCAUUGCCCAUGAGAUUGUUAUGAGACAAGCCCCUUUCUACACACAGUACUGCACUGAUGUUAGAGAGAAGAUCCACAGAUUGCAGCAUCCUGUUGGGCACAAUGUCUUCAGACCUGACCUGAACUUUGAGGGUGUGUCAGACAGAGAGAUUGAGCUGUACACACUGAUAAAGAAUUGCUGGGAGGAAGACCCAGAACGGAGGCCAGAUUUUAAAAGAAUCGAGUUAAUGCUUGGAAAUAUUUUCAGUAACCUCCAUAACCAAGCCACAGAGACGUACAUGGACAACCUGAUCCGUCGUCUGCAGAUGUACUCCAGGACUUUGGAGAAGCUCGUGGAAGAGAGAACGGCUUUGUACAAAGCUGAGAGGGACAGAGCGGAUCGCCUCAACUUUAUGCUUCUUCCUGGCCCAGUGGUGCGUUCCCUGAAGGAAACGGGAAGUGUGGAGCCAGAGCUGUUUGAGGAGGUCACCAUCUAUUUCAGUGAUAUUGUGGGAUUCACCACCCUCUGCUACUACAGCACCCCCAUGGAGGUGGUCGAUAUGCUCAACGAAAUCUACAAGAACUUUGACAGCAUUCUUGAUCACCAUGAUGUCUACAAGGUUGAAACAAUAGGAGAUGCUUACAUGGUUGCAUCCGGUUUGCCCAAACGUAACGGCAACAGGCAUGCAUUGGACAUUGCCCACAUGGCCCUGGACAUCCUAUCAUUUGUGGGGACGUUUGAGCUGGAGCACCUGCCUGGGAUUCCUCUAUGGAUCCGUAUUGGUGUACAUUCAGGACCAUGUGCAGCAGGAGUGGUGGGGAACAAGAUGCCUCGCUACUGUCUCUUUGGAGAUACGGUUAACACGGCUUCACGGAUGGAGUCCACAGGCCUGCCUCUGAGAAUUCAUGUCAGCCAGUCUACCAUCAGCAUCCUGCAGAGGACGGACUGCAAGUUUGAGUAUGAAAAACGAGGAGAGACGUAUCUGAAGGGUAAAGGAAAAAUGAUGACAUACUGGUUAACAGGCGUGACCGGGGGAAGUUACAACCUGCCGACGCCACCGAGCGCGGAGAACUUCCAGUCGCUUCAGAAGGAUCUGGCAGAGAUGAUCGUGUUAAGUCUGGAGAAGCGUGGAGGGGACAGCUUCAAAAAGAGGAAGACCCUGUCCACCAAAAUCCGCCGGAGGGAGACCAACAGCAGCGUGCAGAGCGACAGCCUGCCAGAGUACUUCCACCUAGCUGUCACUGAGAACCCGAGCACCUACCUGUGA